AUGAAGGCCCAGAUCCUAACCCUCUUCAUGGCCGGCAUGGCGUCCGGUGCUCUCCCUACGAUCGAGACCUACGGUAACAAGUUCUACGAUGCCAAUGGCAAUCAAUUCUUUAUGAAGGGAAUGUCGUAUCAGUUGCGCCCCAAUGACCCCCUCAUUGACACUGAUCAGUGUAAGCGGGACAUCAAGCUCAUGUCUGAGCUUGGCGUCAAUUGCAUCCGUGUCUACCAUGUUGACCCCAAGGCGGACCACGAUGGCUGCAUGAACGCUUUUGACGAGGCCGGCAUUUACGUCACCGUUGACAUGGAUACCUUCAACACCUUUAUCCUUCCUUACGACUCGUACUGGAACACCACCCAGUUCGAGAGCUACUCCGCCGUCAUGGACACCUUCAUCAAGUACGACAACCUCCUCGGAUUCUACGUCGGCAACGAGAUCAUCGCCAUGAUGGACCAGUCCCAUUCCGCCCCCUUCAUCAAGGCUGCCGCCCGCGACAUGAAGGCCUACCGCGACAGCAAGGGCUACCGCAAGGUCCCCGUAGGCUACACCGCGACCGACAUCGCCGAGCUCCGCCCCAUGCUCCAAGACUACCUCACGUGCGGCGGCAACCAGUCCGAGAUUAUCGACUUCUUCGGCCUCAACGCCUACGAGUGGUGCACCCCCAACACCUACAACGCCUCCGGCUACCCCGCCCUCCAGGAAAUGGCCGAGCAGUUCCCCGUCCCCAUCUUCUUCUCCGAGACGGGUUGCAUCACCGGCCCGGAGCCCCGCGCCUGGGAGGACAUGGAUGCCAUCUUCAGCGAGCCCAUGAUUGACGACUGGAGCGGCGCCAUCGUCUACGAGUGGAUCUACGAGCAGAACGAGUACGGCAUCGUCUCCUACGGGCCCCGCGUCGACCAGACCAUCGUCACCGGCGACGCCACCUCCGGCGGCUGGGAGGUCGACGGCAACGUGAGGCUGCCCGUCCUCGACGAGACCUUUUCCGGAUCUUUUAUCCCUAGCCCUACCGUCGACCCCAACGCCGCUCCUAGCGACAACGCCGAAGAAGAUGCCGCACCGGGCAAGGGCAUGGUGGCUCUCCAUGCGGCCGUGGUAGCUGGCACUCUCAUAGUAGCCCUGUGGCUAUAA